AUGCACAGUUACUGGUCACCAGUUUUUCUGCCAUAUCCAGAUGGCAGCCAAUAUCCCAGUAACAUUCAGAAUGUUGGUUAUCCAUUUCAAUAUGGAAUGAGAACUCUGACUCCUCACAUCGCUACAAGCUCCGCAACGAGCGAAAGAGGUUGUUCAGAGAAUAGUCCCGAUUGUAGGGAAACUGCAGUGCCAUGUACAAACUCAAUUGUUGAUGAAGAGAGUAAAGAGGAUAGACCCAAAUCACCUGAAACCGACGAUUGCACUACCGGUUCACUACAAUUAGUGCAAACGGAUGGUGAUAAUAUAAUUGAGGAGCCAAGGUCGGGGAUGGAAUUCAAUUUUUUUGAAGAUUUACAUAGUUAUUAUAAGGAUUAUGCUAAGAAAUGCGGGUUUGGGGUGAUGACACAAAGGAGUGAGAAGGGAGAUGAUCAAAGUAUCAGAUAUGCCACUCUUGGUUGUGCCCGUGGAGGGAAAGCCCGGAUUAAGAGUUUGAACGUUGCAAAGCCACGCCCGACAGGAAAGACGGAUUGUAAGGCAAUGAUUAAUGCCUUAAAGGUUGAAGGAAAGAUGCGGUUAACAACAGUCCAUAAUACACAUAAUCACGGCCUCAGUCCAAAGAAAUCUCGCUUCUUUCGUUGUAACAGAGAAGUGAGUGAGACUGUAAAAAGAGUCUUAGAUACAAACGACUUGGCUGGGAUCCGAAUGAAUAAGAGUUUCGGAUCUCUUGUCGUUGGUGCAGGAGGUUUCGAGAACCUCCCAUUUUUAGAAAAUGAUUGUCGCAAUUAUAUAGAUAAAGCACGUCAUCUACGACUUGGUGCAGGUGGUGCUGGAUGUAUGGAUGGUAUACCUCCAAAAGCUAUUAUUACUGAUCAAGAUAGAGCAAUGAAAAAUGCAAUUGCUAAGGUCUUUCCAGAAAGUCGGCAUAGAUUCUGUUUAUGGCAUAUACUGAAGAAAGUUCCCGAGAAGCUUGGGUCAUAUGCUGCCUACAAAAGUGGACUAAAAAGUCACCUAAUGAAAUGUGUGUACGACACUCAAACAGUUGAGGAGUUUGAGAAAUGUUGGGAUGGGUUACUUAACACAUAUGAUUUAUAUAAGAAUGUCUGGUUGAAAAGUUUAUAUGAUGAGCGUCAGCAUUGGGUACCAGUAUUCUUAAAAGAGUACUUCUGGGCUGGAAUGAAUACAACCCAGCGUAGUGAAAGUAUGAAUGCUUUUUUUGAUGGUUAUGUUCAUGCGAAGACAAAUUUGAAGGAGUUUGUCGACCAGUUUGACAGUGCACUGAGGAAAAAAAUUGAGAAUGAAAACAAUGCCGACUUCCACACAUUUAGCGUCACCAUUCCCUGUAUAUCUAGAUCUCCAAUUGAGAAGAGAUUUCAAGAGUUGUACACGAAUGCUAAAUUUAGGGAAGUCCAGCAGCAAGUAAUGGGUGUGCUCAAUAUGGAUCUGUGUCUACUUAGUGAGGAUGGUGUAAUGAAAAGAUAUCUGGUGGAAGAUGAAGUUCGCGUUGAAGAGUUCACUAAGCUUGUUACGUAUUCAGUGAACUUCAAUGUGGAAGACUACGAUGGAAAGUGUUCAUGUGGGUUAUUCGAGAUGAGGGGGAUACUGUGUAGGCAUAUUUUAGCCAUCUUCAGAGCUAACGGUAUAAAGUUAUUGCCAGACCGGUUCCAAUGA